CUAACGAGCCACGCCAUGGUUGCUGCUUCUCUUUUUAUUCUGCACUUUCUUUCCAUCAUAAGUCUCUCUCGUGCCAGUGUAAACAUAGAUUGCGGAACAUCAACUGGAUCAGGCGUAGAUAGCAACAAUAUAACAUGGAUCGGAGACACAAACUUCAUCACGGCCGGAGAGACUGCUAUUGUUGCAUCCACAACCGUCGAGAAAUCACUCACAACCCUCCGCUAUUUCCCCACCGGCGAUUCCAACUGCUACACCAACAUUCCCGUCACAAAAGGCGGGAAAGUCUUAGUACGAACGAUUUUUCGCUAUGGGAAUUACGACGGGAAGGCGUCCUACCCAACUUUCCACGUUGUGAUUGACAGGAAACACCGACGGGCCGUCACUUUAUCCUCAAUGUCUGAGUUUAGCGUCGUGGAGCUGAUAUUUGUUGCGGAUGGUGGAGAGAUAUGCGUUUGUUUCGUCCGCACGUCGCGGGAUUCAAAUCCUUUUGUAUCGUCCAUUGAAGUUGUAGACUUGGCCGCUGGGAUGUAUGACGAACUAGGUACUGGCGAAGCUUUGUUUUACCAAGCACGAUUUGCGUAUGGAUCAAGAUCACUUAUAAGAUCGGAUGAUCACGGUAGGUUUUGGAUUCCAUCACCCGGCCCUUGGGACAGCGGAUUAACGUCCACAUCUGCAACAAUCGACACCUCCGAUGCAUCGAACAAGCCACCAGAGUCCAUCCUGCGGACAUCUUGGACAGGGGAGGGUUUAACACUAGGAGCCGAUCAGACUCUUCCCUCUGCUAGAGUUCCCGUUUACUUGGCAAUGUAUUUCUCGGAUCCUGUCGAGUCUAAUUUACGAUCGUUCAAUAUUUUCUUCAAUGACAGGCAAGUGAAUAAGGAUCCAGUAGUGCCAGUGUUCGGAAAAGCCACUCAGAUCGUCCUGAGAGACUUGGCCAGCUCGAGCUCCAUGCUGGUGUUUCGGUCUACGGUUGACUCGAAUUCUCCGCCGAUUCUUAAUGCAUUGGAGCUCUAUGUGAUAAGUAAGAAUAAAAGCCGAGACGGAGGACCAGGAACAGGUGGUGGAGGAGGACCAGGGACAGGUGGUGGAGGAGGAACAGGAACAGGUGCACCUGGAGGUUUGUUAUAGAAAUUAUAAACCAAGCAUAGAACA